AAGAUGUGGGGUGGAGUUGCUCCUGCCCCGGUGUAGAACCACGUGGCCCUUCCAACCUGGUCUGGCUAGGCUUGGGACCCGCGGGCCCAGGUUUAGCAGAUUCUACGUUGGGGGAGGCAAGGUACGUGUCUGGACAGCUAGACAAUGAAGAGAGGACUUGGUCCAGGGCUGUGUACGGGAAAUGUCUUGCAUUCCCUUUUGCAGACUUUUGGUCCCUGCUAAUACAGCUCUCUCAGCAUCCCGACCGUGAGUCCUUGCUCACUUCCUGGGUCAGGGACCGAGAGGGGCGCUGUGUCCCGGCGUCCAAGCUCCUUCUUAUGCAAGAAGGGAGGGUCUUGUCUAAACCAGAAAAGCGAGCAUUAAAGGUGUCCAAUUAAAAUGAAUGCAAUUCAGAGACUUUGGGCUUCCAGUCUAAGGAAAAGAAGGAUGUGGGUAAGGUUUCAAAGUAAUGAUCGGCCAGCUGUGCCUCUUGGAUCACGGAUUUUAGCAGAUCCAGCCAAAGUUUACGAACACAACAUGUGGGACCACAUGGAGUGGUCACAAGAAGAAGAAGAAGCAGCUAGAGAAAAAACAACUGAAAACUCAUCUGUGAGAGUGCAACUAGAAGACCAAGUCAAAUAUGAAAAUCAAGCCAGUAAAUAUUGGAAUAAUUUUUACGAGAUUCAUAAGAAUAAAUUUUUCAAGGAUCGUAAUUGGCUGUUGAGGGAAUUUCCUGAAAUUCUUCCAGUUGGACUACAAACUAAAGAAGAGAAGGAGAAAAUGUCUUGGGAUUGUGUAAAAACUGAUCCUACAGACUCUUUCUUAAAAACAGACUGCCUGGCCGUGCCUAAAAGAAUAGAAUCUUAUAAAAAUGAUUUUGGUGAUAAUUUUACUUAUAGCCAAAGCAAAAUAAGAUCUAGUGAUAGCCAGCAUCCUAACAAGAAGAAAGAAGAGGCUGCAAAGACCAAAUUGUUCCCUGGCAGCUGUGCCACUUUCAGGAUCCUAGAGGUUGGCUGUGGUGCUGGAAAUAGUGUUUUCCCCAUUCUGAAUGCCCUGAAGAAUGCUCCGGAGACCUUUCUUUACUGCUGUGAUUUUGCUUCUGAAGCGGUGGAACUAGUAAAGUCCCACUCAUCCUACAGCCCAGCCCAGUGUUCUGCCUUUGUUCAUGAUGUAUGUGAUGAUGGCUUAUCCUACCCUUUUCCAGAUGGGAUCCUGGAUGUCAUUCUCUUAGUCUUUGUGCUCUCUUCUAUUCAUCCUGACAGGAUGCAAGGCGUUGUAAACAGGCUGUCCAAAUUACUGAAACCUGGAGGAAUGUUGUUAUUUCGGGACCAUGGAAGAUAUGAUUUCACUCAACUUCGUUUCAAAAAAGGAUAUUGCUUGUCUGAAAACUUUUAUGUUCGAGGAGAUGGUACCAGAGCAUAUUUCUUUACAAAAGGGGAAGUCCACAAUAUGUUCCAUCAGGCUGGGUUAGAUGAAAAGCAGAACCUGGUUGAUCGACGUUUACAAGUUAAUAGGAAAAAAAAAGUGAAAAUGUAUCGAGUGUGGGUACAGGGCAAGUUUCAGAAACCAUUGCAUUCAUUUCAUCAUAAUCACUCUGAUAAUUGUAUUCCUGGCAUUUCAGCUGGUUGAAGAGCAAAACUAUUCUCUCUGUAAAUCAAGACAACCCCAUGCAAAAGACUCUCCAAAAAUCAUUCUUGAAUAGGCAAGUAGAAGAUAGGAAUGGAAUAUCCAUGUUUGUCUCUUUUAUUAUGGGUGAACCCUUCCACUAGGCUUAUACACACAUAUUAUUAUGUAAUAUGGAAGUAUCCACCAUAUUGACAUUAAAAAGAAGUGUAAAUUG